GAAGCGCUGUGGGCUGCAUUACAAUGAUCUGAUCUCGUUCUGUUCUGCUAGCUGUUGGAUAUAUGACUAACAGAAUGAUAUCGGACAACCACAAUCUAACGUUGCAUUUGUGAAGAUAUCAAAGCAUUCGAAUAAAAUGUUUUAGCGUCAACUAAUAGACCAAAGAGCGGUUAUGAUGUGUAACAGUAGUCACGGCACCAAGCUAUACCUGGAGGUGCCGUCGUCAUGUCUGCCUAUCGUCUACUCUCCAGUAUACAACAUCACCUUCAUGGGCCUUGAGAAACUACACCCCUUCGACAGUGGGAAGUGGGGGAAAGUCAUCCACUUCCUAAAAGAGGAGAAGUUGAUCAGUGAUGGGAGCAUCGUUGAGGCACGGGAGGCUACAGAGGAAGACCUGCUGGUGGUUCACACAAAACGCUACCUCAACAGACUCAAGUGGUCCCUGAUUGUCGCGAACAUCACAGAGAUCCCUCCCCUCCUAUGCCUACCUAACUUCCUGGUUCAGAGACGGGUCCUGAGACCACUCAGAACGCAGACCGGAGGCACCAUCAUGGCAGGGAAACUGGCUGUAGACCGAGGCUGGGCCAUCAAUGUAGGUGGAGGUUUCCAUCAUUGCUCCAGUGACAAAGGAGGAGGAUUCUGUGCCUAUGCCGACAUCACCUUAGCUAUCAAGUUUCUGUUUGAGAGGGUGGAGGGAAUCUCCAGAGCCACCAUCAUAGAUCUGGACGCACACCAGGGGAACGGUCAUGAGCGUGACUUCCUGGAUGACAGGCGUGUUUUCAUCAUGGACGUCUACAACCGAUACAUCUACCCUGGAGACGGAUACGCAAAGAGAGCCAUAAAGCGUAAGGUGGAGCUGGACUGGGGGACAGAGGAUGAUGAGUACCUCCAGAAGGUAGAGCUCCACUCGGAGGGUGCUCUCAAUGAGGUCCGGCCUGACAUCAUAGUAUACAACGCCGGUACAGACAUCCUAGACGGAGACCCCCUGGGAGGGCUGGCUAUCUCACCACAGGGCAUCAUAAAGAGGGAUGAAAUAGUGUUCCGGGCAGCACGAAGGAGAGGGAUUCCCAUCCUGAUGGUGACAUCUGGUGGAUACCAGAAGAAGACUGCUCGCAUCAUCGCUGACUCCAUCAUCAACCUGCGACGCCAGGGCCUGAUUGGAGGGAAUGAGGAUGGGGAGGUGGCAGAGGAGUGUGUGGGCGGAGUCCCCCUCGUGAUGAGCAGCUCUGACUCCUCCCCUUCCUCUGUGUCGACAGGACCAGCCCCCAACACCAUUUGACUGUAACUGAACAUGAGUUGGAUCUUAGGGUCCAGAGCUUCUCCUGGAACCGUAGGACACUAGAGGAAAAAUGUUAUGCUCGGGAAUAGAGUGCCUUUUCAGACUUCCCCACGAUCUUACUGAUGCCCAAGGUGACUGUGGCAGGGGUCGGUAAUGGUACACGGUUGGUCGGGUAGCCUAGUGGUUAAGAGUGUUUGGCCAGUAAUUUGAAUCCCUGAGCCAGCUAGGUGAAAAAUCUACCGAUGUGCCCUUGAGCAAAGCACUGAACACUAGUUGCUCCUGUAAGUCUAUGGAUAACAGUGUCUGCUAAAUUACUAAAAUGUAAAUGUCUGAGACAUUCUGUAGUGGUACUGGGUUGGUCUGAGACAUUCUGUAGUGGUACGGGGUUGGUCUGAGACAUUCUGUAGUGCUACAGGGUUGGUCUGAGACAUUCUGUAGUGCUACAGGGUUGGACUGAGACAUUCUGUAGUGGUACUGGGUUGGUCUGAGACAUUCUGUAGUGGUACAGGGUUGGACUGAGACAUUCUGUAGUGGUACAGGGUUGGUCUGAGACAUUCUGUAGUGGUACAGGGUUGGACUGAGACAUUCUGUAGUGGUACAUGGUUGGUCUGAGACAUUCUGUAGUGGUACAGGGUUGGUCUGAGACAUUCUGUAGUGGUACUGGGUUGGACUGAGACAUUCUGUAGUGGUACAUGGUUGGUCUGAGACAUUCUGUAGUGGUACGGGGUUGGACUGAGACAUUCUGUAGUGGUACAUGGUUGGUCUGAGACAUUCUGUAGUGGUACGGGGUUGGACUGAGACAUUCUGUAGUGGUACAGGGUUGGUCUGAGACAUUCUGUAGUGGUACAUGGUUGGUCUGAGACAUUCUGUAGUGGUACGGGGUUGGACUGAGACAUUCUGUAGUGGUACAGGGUUGGUCUGAGACAUUCUGUAGUGGUACUGGGUUGGACUGAGACAUUCUGUAGUGCUACAGGGUUGGUCUGAGACAUUCUGUAGUGCUACAGGGUUGGUCUGAGACAUUCUGUAGUGGUACAGGGUUGGUCUGAGACAUUCUGUAGUGGUACUGGGUUGGACUGAGACAUUCUGUAGUGGUACAGGGUUGGACUGAGACAUUCUGUAGUGCUACAGGGUUGGACUGAGACAUUCUGUAGUGGUACGGGGUUGGUCUGAGACAUUCUGUAGUGCUACGGGGUUGGUCUGAGACAUUUUGUAGUGGUACAGGGUUGGUCUGAGACAUUCUGUAGUGGUACUGGGUUGGACUGAGACAUUCUGUAGUGGUACAGGGUUGGACUGAGACAGAUGUAUAGUUUUCUGUGGACAGUAGUGUUUAAUACUAACACUAAACAUGGUGACUUCAGACAUUGGACUUUAAGAUUGACUUAAGUUUUCUGGUUCGUGUAUUAGAGAUCUAGAGAGAAAGCGGGCCUUUUAAACCCUACUAUUGAUGACGGUUAGGAACUGGGUUAGGUCUGACUGGCCCAGAGUUUCACCUGGGCUCCUGGGCUAUGACCCAAAUGGCACCUAAUUCCUUAUAUAGUGCACUACGUUGGGCCAAGGGGCCUGUAUGGUUUGAUACUGCCACUGACUUUAAUUCGCUAGUUCAUAUUGACUUGAAGGACCAAUCGAUGAAAAAAGGGCCUUUACCUGGUCUAAUCACAUGGGUUGGUCAGGGAAACCUCCGUGUCCUAACACCCUAUUAUAUAGGGCACUACUUUGUCCAAAGGGGCUGUAAGGUAACUUAGUAGGACUUGGUAGGACUUUACAGUAGGACUUGGUAGGACUUUACAGUAGGACUUGGUAGGACUUUACAGUAGGACUUGGUAGGACUUUACAGUAGGACUUGGUAGGACUUUACAGUAGGACUUGGUAGGACUUGGUAGGACUUUACAGUAGGACUUGGUAUGACUUUACAGUAGGACUUUACAGUAGGACUUGGUAGGACUUUACAGUUGGACUUUACAGUAGGACUUGGUAGGACUUUACAGUUGGACUUAGUAGGACUUUACAGUAGGACUUUACAGUAGGACUUGGUAGGACUUUACAGUUGGACUUAGUAGGACUUUACAGUAGGACUUUACAGUAGGACUUGGUAGGACUUUACAGUAGGACUUGGUAGGACUUUACAGUAGGACUUGGUAGGACUUUACAGUAGGACU